GUAGGAAUGAGAAAGUUGUGAGAAGACGGGUUGGGCCAACAGUCGACAUUAUUUUCGCAGCACUGUUGGUGUUGUAAGAACAUAGCAAAAAUUGGGAAGAGCAUGUCUAAGGUUCGCCGGGCAACGCAUGCAGGAACCUGGUACACAGACGUAAUUUUCAGAAGAAGGAAAAUAUAACUGCAGAGUGAAGUCCUGCCUUUAAAAAGAGUUUGCUGAAGGCCCCUUCCUUCUGUCUGAUAAAGGAACUAUGGGAUGCAUGCAGAAGACAAAAAGACAUAAUUUCUACCUUUCUGAAGAAUGUUUGUUUUGGAAACAAUAAUAUUGCAAAAAGAUGACUUGAAUGGUCAACUGGAGGGAUGGCUUUCGAAGGCAAAAGAUUCUCAAAAACCUGCAAGGGCCAUUAUAGCUCCGCAUGCUGGAUAUUAUUAUUGUGGGGCAUGUGGAGCCCACGCUUAUCGGCAAGUUGACCCUGCCACAAUAAAACGUGUUUUCAUCCUGGGGCCUUCUCACCAUGUGAGGAUGUCAGGAUGUGCACUCUCAGGAACAGAAGUUUACCAAACUCCGCUUUAUGAUCUAACUAUAGACAAAGAGAUUUAUGAGAAACUCUAUGCAACUGGUGCUUUUGACACAAUGUCCCUCGGCACGGAUGAAGCUGAACAUAGUAUAGAGAUGCACCUGCCUUAUAUUGCAAAGGUCAUGGAAAGUCGCAGAAAUCAGUUCACCAUCAUACCAAUUCUAGUUGGCUCAUUAUCACCAGAAAAAGAGCAGCAGUAUGGAGCCAUCCUCAGCAGCUACCUUGCAGAUCCAGAAAAUCUUUUUGUGGUUUCAUCGGAUUUCUGUCACUGGGGCAAGCGCUUCAACUACACGUUUUAUGACAAAUCCUGUGGGAAGAUUUGGCAGUCUAUAGAGGCCUUGGACAAAACGGCAAUGAACAUCAUCGAGCAAAUGGACCCAGCUGGCUUCACUUCUUACUUGAGGGACUAUCAGAACACUAUAUGUGGCAGACACCCUAUAGGUGUUCUGCUCAAUGCUAUAGGCUGCUUACGUCAGAACGGCAAUGGGGUCAAGAUGGACAUGAAAUUUUUGAAGUAUGCACAGUCCAGCCAGUGUGUGAGCCCAACUGACUCCUCAGUCAGCUAUGCAGCAGGUGCCCUUGUGAUUCAUUGAUGCUGGCUUGCUUGCACUCUCCAUUUAUGUGCACAGACACUCCUUUUGCAUUACACAUUUCUGACAAGCAAGAUUUAUUGUAAAUGAUCGAAGUGAAACUUUAGAUUGUGUGUAUAUCUUGCAUGUAUGGCAGUAAUAUUGAAAACUUUAUUUAAACAAACUUAAAAGACAAUAUUUUGUUUUCUUUUAACAACUUGUGGUUUAUUGUACCCCUCAAAUAAAACAAAAAAGUGACUUAGUGUUACUGUCAAAGAAAAGUUGUAGAUUAAAUCUUGAAAUUAUCUGUAAACAGUUUUUUUUAGAAAUCCAUCAUCUGGAUUUACCAUAGCCACGCUUCUGUAUGCAACAACAAAAUGCAGGUACCUGCUAUAGGAAACUUGGAGAUUUCCCUUGGUUGUUGUUUUGCAGAGGGAUGGGGUAUUGUUAUAGUUGAAUAUUAAAUUGUGGUGUUAGAAAUACCUGUCAUAUUGUCAAUGUUAGUUGUAUUGAAACUACUCCAGGAUUUCUGGAGGCUCUUUAGAUGAUGUACUAUCUAGCAUUUUAAUGGUGAAAAAAAGACGGAAAUAUAGUUCCAUGAAAGGCACCUUUAUUCAGAUCAAAGAUAAUAUUUUGUGGAUAUUUUUGUUUUAUUGUGUGGCUAAAAGCAUGUCUUUUGUAUUAUCUGUGAUCCAUGCCUUGGCUCUUUCUGGCAUUGUCAUUGAGUGUUCACAUACCCUCAGGGUUCCAUUUCAUGUGUACAAGUGUUCUGAGGAUACCCUCUUACAAAAGAAAACCUCAGUUUACCUGCUAUAUUAAAGUGAUAGGAAAAGCAACAGCAAAAUCCUUUUCAGAGAUUGUUGAAUGCCAGUCAUUGUGAUUGCAAAGAAAGAGGGGAGUUGUUUCGGUGGUUUGUGCAGUAUUUGAGCAAUGAAUUUGUGGCGUCUGAUGUGAAAUGUUUUGGGGGUUGUUGGUGCAUUUUUUGAUGAUUUCCGCCUGCUAGAGGUGAAUGCAUUCUUGUGACAGAGUGCCUCUUUCUUUGGAUCUGGAUGCUUUUUGCUGCCUGUUACAUUGUAGACAAUAAAUAUUAUUUCAAAGCA